UGGCCAUUAAUCUUUCUAGCUCAUGCGUACGGUCUACUCGCCGCCUUGCCCAAGCAGGUGAGUAAUUCGAUUAGCCAUAUUCUAUGCAAUAAAUAUCUGCAGCUUUCUACCACUUUGCUCAAGUCGGACAUCUGACUUCGGUGUGCAAACAGUGCCUUAGUGCAGACGGAGAAAGUGAGCAGUGUUUGUGAUAUAGGUCAGUGUUUUUGUGGAUAUAGAGCUGGUCUAAAAAGAGCGAUCCACCCCGUCCGAAACCAACUGUCGGGACGCUAGUUUUUAAUCGGUUCUAUUUCCUCGAGUGAACUCCGGCUGCAUCGUACGCCUUCACGAUCACGAAAUGCCAUACUACGGUCCGAUGCAGCAGCCCGGUCUCUGGGGCCAACCGGUAUCCAAUAUGACCGUGGUGGACAAAGUACCACCGGAAAUUAUGCAUCUGGUCGAUCCGCACUGGUAUCAGUUUCCGCCAAUGAAUCCACUCUGGCACUCGAUCAUUGGGUUUGUCAUUUUCGUACUGGGCGUCGUCUCGAUCAUUGGCAACGGUAUGGUGAUCUACAUCUUCGCUACCGCGAAAUCUCUACGGACACCCUCGAACCUGUUCGUCGUAAAUCUCGCCCUGUCGGACUUUCUCAUGAUGGGAACGAACGCGUUCACCAUGGUGUACAACUGUUGGUACGAGACCUGGGUCCUGGGACUGCUGAUGUGCGAUCUGUACGCGUUCUUCGGCUCGCUGUUCGGAUGUUGCUCCAUCUGGACGAUGACCAUGAUUGCGCUCGACCGGUACAACGUGAUCGUGAAAGGUUUGGCCGGUAAACCGCUCACCAACACUGGCGCCAUACUGCGCAUCAUAGUGUGCUGGCUUAUCGGAGUCGUGUGGGGCAUCCUGCCAAUGUUGGGCUGGAAUCGGUACGUGCCGGAAGGAAAUAUGACUGCCUGCGGUACCGAUUACCUCACUGACGAUUGGUUCCACAAGUCCUACAUUCUGGCGUAUUCGGUGUUUGUGUACUACACUCCACUCUUUACCAUCAUCUAUUCGUACGUCUUUAUCAUCAAGGCUGUGUCAGCGCACGAGAAAAACAUGCGUGAACAAGCCAAACGGAUGAACAUCCAGUCGCUACGGUCUUCAGACGAUGGUAAAAGCACCGAGAUGAAGCUUGCCAAAAUUGCGCUCGUAACCAUAUCGCUAUGGUUCAUGGCCUGGACUCCGUACACCGUCAUCAACUACACGGGAGUCUUCAAAACGGCCAACAUAUCACCACUGGCAACGAUCUGGGGCUCAGUCUUUGCCAAAGCGAAUGCCGUCUACAAUCCAAUCGUCUACGGUAUCAGCCAUCCAAAGUAUCGUGCUGCACUGCUGCGCCGAUUCCCGGCCCUAGCCUGCAGCGAUAGUCCCCCGGCGGACGAUAAAUCACUCGCAUCCGAAGCAUCCGGAAUUACGGCCGACGUUAACCCAACCGCAACAUAAAACAGAAUAACCGCAUAGUGCAUUGAUGUGUGUUUUGUGUAAUGCAAGAAACUUUAAUGCUAGAUGCCCAACAAACGCGCUUGUUUCUCGACAGGGAAGUCUUAUGUGUUGUAAAGAUUGUGAUUCUAAAAAGUAAUAUUCGUUUGCAAUAAACUCCAACUUGUUAACAUUCUUUAGUUGA